GCGCGCCUUCAGCGUCUUCUGGAGGGUGGGAAAGGACCUACUGUAGGAGAACAGAGUAGCCGGUCACGACCUCACCGACGUUAGCAAUCACUUUGGCAGCAAGAACCGCAACCGCGGCGGGACCCCGAAGAAGGUGGAUCUGACUCGGUCGGUCCAGGACAUCGGAGGAGACGAUCUGACGAUCUGACUCUGUUCGGGCAGAAGCGCGCAGCGAAAGUCAAGCGUUGUCUGUGUGACGGCAGCGAUGGUCUUCUCCGCGCUGUUAGGCUUCGUUAGUAGAACGUCCGUUGGUUCAUGGCGUGCUACUGUUGUUGCACAAGGGUUCCCCUUUUCAGCGGCUGACAGAGGGUUACCGAGGACCGUGACAACUGCCGGCUGGGCCAACCACCGUACUUGUAGCCGUGGACGCUCACCGCUGCUACCGUGGUGCCAACGUUACGCUACUCCUGUUGCGAGAUACCACGCCAACACGCGGCCAGAUAUAUCAUCUGCUGGGCAUCCAAGCCGCUGCGUUUCCCGAAAGGGCAUGUCUACCGGUAGCAAUCCGGCGAUGGCGACGGCUGCGGCAGGAGAACCUUCUGGUGGAGUGGUAAAGUUCGUGAAGACGGAGGCUGCCGCUAGACGCAAUGCCGACCCCGGGUCGGUGGCGUUUGUGACCGGGGCCAACAGGGGAAUAGGGCUGGAGGUGACAAGGCAGCUGCUGGAAAGGGCCAAGGGAACCGUGGUUGCGGCAUGCAGGGACCCCUCUUCCGCGGCAGACCUGCGCGCCCUUGGAAGGAUAGCUGGAAACGAGAAAAGGCUAGACAUGGUCAAGAUGGAUAUCGAAGACCAGACCUCCCUGGAGACCGCCGCAGAGCAUGUUAGGAGCACAUACGGGCGCGUAGACCUUCUGUUCAACGUUGCGGGCGUGCUAGGCGACGGCAAGAAUACUCCAGGUCCGGAGCGAUCCGUGCGCGCGAUGGACCGGGAUUGGCUGCGACAUACCCUGGAGGUUAACACCAUAGGCCCCAUGAUGCUGGUGGCAGCGUUGACGCCUCUCUUGGAAAGCCCGGCAAAGAAGGGGGACGACGGCGCGAAACCUCCGUCUGUCGUGGUCAAUUUCAGCGCUCGGGUCGGAUCGAUUGGGGACAACGGGUUGGGAGGCUGGCACAGCUACCGCAUGUCGAAGUCUGCGUUGAACAUGGCAACCAAGGGCAUCUCCAUCGAGCUCAGGCGCCGCCGGGUGUGGGCCUUUAGUUACCACCCCGGGACAACCGACACUGGACUGUCGGAGCCGUUCCAGGCGAACGUCAAACCUGAGAAGCUCUUCACACCGGACUACACCGUGUCUCAAGUGCUGGGAAUCGUGGAUUCCAUGACCGAGGACUUGUCCGGGGGGUUCUACGCGUUUGACGGCAGCAGAAUCGUGUGGUAG